UGUUGUUGUUCAGCCGUUAGCCGUUAGCCCGGUUCGGAGCUCAUCCAUGUAAGCCGUGUGCUGUAACCGUGUGUCCGCACACAUGUUGAGCGGACACACGGUCAUAGUCACCGGAGCCAACAGCGGCAUCGGAAAGGCCACCGCGGCGGCACUAGUCCGGCUCCAGGCCCGGGUGAUCCUGGCCUGUCGGGACCGGAGCAGAGCCGAGGCCGCGAUCCGGGACAUCCGCCUGGAAACCGGAGCACCGGAGUCCCAGCUGGUGUUCAGACAGCUGGACCUGGCCUGUCUGGCAUCUGUGCGGAGCUUCUGCCGACGCAUCAUCCAGGAGGAGCCUCGGGUCGACGUGCUGGUCAACAACGCCGGCGUGUACCAGUGUCCGUACACCCGGACCCAGGACGGCUUUGAGCUGCAGUUUGGAGUCAACCACCUGGGCCACUUCCUGCUGACCCACCUGCUCCUGGACCUCCUCAAACGCUCCUCCCCCAGCCGCAUCGUGGUGGUCUCGUCGCAGCUUUAUAAAUACGGCGUCAUUAACUUUGAGGAUCUGAAUAGCGAGCAGAGCUACGACAAAGCUUCGGCCUACAGUCGCAGUAAACUGGCCAACCUGCUGUUCACCUGCGAACUGGGCCGGCGCCUGGAGGGCAGCGGCGUCACCGUCAACGCCCUGACCCCCGGCAUCGUCCGCACCAACCUGGGCAGACAUGUCCGCAUCCCGGCCUUAGCCAAACCCCUGGUCGACCUGGUGUCCCGGGGCUUGUUUAAGAGUCCUGAACAGGGAGCCCAGACCGUGGUGUACCUGGUGUGUAGUCCAGACGUGGACGGGGUCCAGGGGAAGUGCUUCGCCGACUGUAAACCUCAGGUUCUUCUGGACAAGGCCACGGACCUGGACGUGGCCGGGAAACUGUGGGACAUUAGUGAAGUCAUGGUGGGGUUAACCACGUGAGGUCCACAGUCAACA